CACGGAAGCGGAAGUGUGAUAAGAAUGAUGAUGCACUGAGCUGUUACAUUUGUUUACAUCAGACUUUAGUUGUACUUUGUGGGUAAAAGACACGUACCUGUAACAGUUGGGCAUUUCAGACUACUCGAGGUUAAGGAAGUGAUUUUUCCAUCACAACUGGAGAAAUGAGGACCGCAGGAGUUUUAUUCCUUCAUCUUUUGCUGUUGAUUGUGCCUCACAUCCGCUGCUGGAAUGAUGACGCUGUGUUGCUGCGUGAUGUUCAGGUGCUGACGCUCUACAAAGGACGCUACACCACCGCACGCCGCUCCAGCCCCGUUCUACAGCUGCAGUGUGCUGGAGGGACCGCUGGCUGCGGGUCGUUUGUUCCAGAGGUGGUGCAGUGUUACAACAGAGGAUCAGAUGGCAUAGACACACAGUGGGAAUGCAAGGCUGACAUGGACAACUUGUACAGGUUUGGGCGCGUGGAGGUCUCCUGUGAGGGCUAUAGCAGUCCUAAUGAUGCCUAUGUACUGAGAGGCUCAUGCGGUCUGGAGUAUACGCUAGAGCUCACGGCAGAAGGGAAGCAGCAGAACACUCAUGGCUCGUCUGGCUUCUCAGGCUUUGCCUCUAACUUCUUCCAAGGCUCUUCCAAUCAAAAACAGCAGUAUAGAGGAGACCCCUAUCAGCAGGCUAACGGCCCGUCUGGCGAUGGAGUGGGUGGGCUGAUAGCAAUAGCAUUUCUUCUGCUGGUGGCAUAUGUUGUAUACAAGAUGUUUCUGUGCAGUCCUUCUCACGGCCACCAGGGGUACAAUGCAGAUGGGACUCAGGGAUACGGCGGGGCCUCGGAUAACAGUCACGGCAUGGGACCGCCACCUCCUGGAUUUAAACCAGAUUAUUACUCAGAAGACCACUCCAGCUCAAGGCCCGGGUAUGGCUUUUCCGAUGCGUACACCAGACCUCAGAGUUCCUGGACUGGUUUCACUGGUGGAAACAGACCUGGUGGGGGUGGAUUUUGGACUGGAAUGGGCACCGGAGGAAUCCUUGGAUAUUUGUUUGGGAGUCAGAGACGCCAGCCACCAAUGGGGUUUGCUAGACCAUCUUAUUCCAACAUCCCUUCUCCUGCACCAAAAACAAGCUCAGGAACACGAACCGCCUCAGGUUUUGGAGGAACUAAAAGAAGAUAGAUGAGAUAUGAGCGUCUACUCUCACAGCCUCGGUUCUCAGAUUUGACAUGAUCAACGGGCACAUUACAAAUAUUUACAACUUUUUCUUCAUACUACUGUUUAUUCAUAACCUAGACGUUGCUUGACCAGAUGUAGGACGUUAUUGAUUUAGAUUUUGGUUAUUGGUUUGUUGCUUCUCUUUUUUCAUACUGCAUGUAACUAUGUAUAAAAAAAACAAAAAAACACCAAAAACAUGUGAUUCUACUGUUUUUCAAGCAUUUAUUAGAAUUUUGGAAAUUAUUGGAAAAGAAAAAUGUUUGAAUGUUUUAAAAGGCCUUUAUUUUCCAUAUAAUUCUAUUUCUGUAAAUAUAAGUCUAAAUGAACCCUAUACGCUUUAUUCACAGCAGCGCCAUCUUUGAUUUUUAAUGAGAAUGAAAGCGAGGCUGUGAGGGAUAGACUUGCAUCUCUUCAAUGGGCUGUAUUGUUAUUUAAUGUGUUUUCGGAUUGUUCUGCUCAUGAAACACUGGAGAAAUAUCUUUCCAAGAAAUGUCAGUUGACUAAAAACUCCCGACAAUGUAAGCUGUGGAAAAUUGUAAGUAAUCUAGCCGCUUUAUUCAGCUUUUUACAGCGGAUGCCAUUGGAAACACGGUAAGUCUAUCCCUCACAGCCUCACUUUCAUACCUGUCAUGGCGCUGCUCUGAAUAAGGUCUAUUUACUUAAUGCAAGUACUUGGUCUUAUUCUGCAGUGAUUCAAUAUUAUUCCAAAGAAAUUUUUAUUUUAUUAUUAAGUCUUUUAUUAAAUCCCUCCGUGGAAAAAAAAUAUUCUGGCUCCAUUCUGACAUGGUACUCCCACUUUUGACAAUCUUAAUCAAUAAAAUAAGUCCCUGGAUAGAUUCUCAUUGAAAAUUCUGUUUUAUAGUAUAAUAAAGUAAAAUGUCAUUUUUUUGUUUAUGUUGACUUUAUAUUAAAAUUAUGUAAAAGAUAUAUUGUGUGAGUGUGUGACAUUAGCUUAUACUGGACCUACUGUGAAAAGUGCUUAAGCUAUUGGCUAUCGUGAAAACAUGCAAACUGAUACGUUAAGGCAUAAGAUGUCAAUUUGCUUACUCUAUUACUCAUUGUCUUUAUAUUAAAAUUCUGAUUUGGAAAAGCUUUGAAUGACUAUACUGUGGUGUGCAUCUUGAUACAAAAUAAUGACUCUGAUUUUAAGUUUAAGAUAUAUCAGUGCAAGUUGCUUUGUUUAAAACAGCUCGAACAUGCAUUUUAGUCUGGGACUAGCUUAAACCUUGUCUGUGAAAUCAGGGGAAUGUGUCUACUGCUAUAGUCAUGAUUCAGAUUAUGAGAACAUCAAGGUUUUCCACUUGAUUUAAUAUAAAGAUAUCUGAUUAAUCUUUUCAGGUUUAAAAUUGUAACUUUUUUCUCAUAUCAAAAAAUCACAUUUUAUAUGUACCAUACUGUAUCUCACCACUGGUGUCCAAUGGUACUAAAAAACAUAAAUAAAAAACUUUUGUGUCAUUU